AGUUUUUUUCCUAUCAUUAAUAUAAACAUUAUGGUACAGAAACCUUUCACUAGUUUAGAAAAUAUUUUACCUGCUAGUUACUCAAAUGAAAUUGAAGUGAACAUUUAUAACUUAAUAUAUGAAAUCUCACUACCAAAUAAGAAUAAUUAUAAUUUAACAUAUAAAAGUUUACCAUCUAAUAAUAUAGACAAUUAUGAUUUAACAUAUAAAAGUUCACCUGAUAAGGACACUUAUUCUUUAACAAAUAAAAAUUUACUCAAUAAGAGUGCUUUUGAUCUAACAAAUAAAAGUUUGGACAUUGAAAAUGAAACUAUUAGAGAACCAGAAGAUAUUACUAAGGACAAUUCAACAAGUACAAAAGAAUGUCAAAAAAUAUUAGAGUGUUAUGCAAAGCAAAAUAACUUUGUUUUGAAGAAGAAACAGAAGCUUACUGUAAAAAUAAAAGAUCUUAUUGAAAGCUAUAUGCUUUGCAAUUUUGAUGUCUUCUCUCAGAUUAGGUUGCUUUGUGAAUUGUUUUCUGAAGCAACUAUAAGUAGUAAUGCUGCAAAACUGCUUCAAUAUCUCGAAAAAGAGCAUACUAAAGAUCCUGAUUCAAAUGUUCAACUAUUAAUUGACCCAGAAACAAAUAGAUUAUAA